CCGGACCGAGCAACAAGUGGGCAGUAUAACUAUGGCUGCCGUUUCGGUGUUGUCGUGUGCUUUAGUUUCAGUUGUUCUGUGCAGUUUCUUCGUUUCUGAAAGUUAUGGAAAACUCUCCUACACUUAUCUAUCUGAUGAACCUGCACAUGAUGCACAUUUUGAAUAUGUUCCGUUGGACACAAGAUAUGCAAGUGCUCGAGUAAAAAGAUAUGUGUUUAACACCAUUGGCAAACUCGCUGACAGCUACGACAAAGGAAAUUCUCAAGAUUUGAGAAAAACUGAUGUUGGGUUGCCGAGAAAACAUGCAGAAUUCAUUGGAAGCGUUGCUGUUAUGGGAGAGGGGGAAGUCGCCCCUCCGGUUAAAGAACCUGCUCCAUCCAGCAACAGAGACCCGCCACAUGAAACAAUAGCAACUACCAUUUCUACAACGGUACCACCAAAAGUUACGAAAAAGCCUAUCAUAAAAAAUCCUAAAAAAGCUACAGAACAGCAAAGUACUGAUCCACCAGUCAUCAACGGAACCAAAACUGAGCCUGAACCUUGUGUUGAGAAUUGCGAUGGUGAAUUUCCGAAAGAAGUUACAAAUAAUACUUUAACCAGCAAUAACAUAACUAAAAAAGUUGUGGACCACCAUGCUUAUUACACAAGCACGUUUUUGGAAGGAGAGAAGGACGGUCGUCAUUAUUGGGUAGAUUUGGACAAAGAAAAGGGUGUUGUUGUUAGCGAGAUGCUUUCCAAAAGUCAUCGGAGAGCAGCGACUGUUAGACUAAAGUUUGAUUUUCCCUUUUACGGUCAUAUUGUAAGAAACAUGACGGUGGCGACAGGAGGUUUUAUUUAUACUGGAGAUUAUAUCCAUUCAUGGCUGGCUGCGACACAGUAUAUUGCUCCCCUUAUGGCUAAUUUUGAUACAAGUUUAUCCGAAUCCAGUUUGGUUAAAUACAGAGAUAAUGGUACUGCCUUCACCGUGGAAUGGGACAGCGUAAUGUUGCAAGACAAAAAGGAUGCUGGAGCGUUCACGUUUCAAGUGACCCUUCAUAAGACUGGUGACAUUGUAUUCGUUUACCGAGAAAUUCCCAUCCUCGUUGAAAAUAUUGAAGAUUCUCAACAUCCAGUGAAAGUCGGCAUCUCUGACGCUUACAUCAUUGAUAAAACUGUUUUCUACGUGAGAAAGAAAACAAUUUUUGAAUAUCAUCGAGUGCUAUUUAACAGAGAUGAUAUUAAGAACUGGACCGCAAUCUAUUUGAAGGCCUUACCGACCUGCCUCGACUAUAAGGAUUGCUACUCGUGCUUAGCCCACAAUACAAGUUUUGAGUGCAAAUGGUGCCAAGAGGUGAACCGGUGCUCCUCGGGUUUCGACAGAUAUUAUCAGGAUUGGUUCAACAACGAUUGUCACAACUCUUAUGUCUCGCAAAGCAACAAGUGUUCUGCAAUAUCUGAGAGAAACGUAUCGCAGCCUCCUUCUGUCGAAGCACAUUCCAAGGUGGAUGAAUCUAAAGAUGCUCGCCUUGGUCAUUUUGGAAUGUUAAGUCUUUUUAUAAUAGUUUUGCUUGUUACAUCGCUUGGAUUGUGGGUCUACCAUGCGUAUAGGAAUCCUCAUACGAGAUCAGGUCAAUUCUUAAUUAGAUACCGACCGAGUCAGUGGACCUUGAGAAGAGGUGAAGCGAGGUACACAGCCGCCACAAUACACAUGUAAAAUAAUUUAUGGACAUCACUGGCGUGUUUGUUACAUGAAAUCAACCAAAAAGUAAAUGUGCCUUCAUUAUGUAAAAAUUUUUAGAACGAAUUGAGCGGUCAGUGUUAAUAAAAAGACAAUUUGUGUAUAAACUUGUAAAAGUGAUUUAUGUUUUGUAUAAAUAUUAUUUUUUUGAUGAAGAGAUUGAUAAAUAUUUAAAGUCAUCGACAUAUCUCUAGGAGAGACAAGAAGGAGAAACAAAUUGCUACCGUUUCCUUUCUCGCUGCGGAGGGCCCGUUCAAGAACACUGUGAUUGAGAGCAAUCUGUUGCCUUUAGGUUUACGUUACGUUGUUAAGUGUUUUGUAAUAAUUUAUUUGUUGUUGAUGUAUCAAAGAGUAAACAUUUAUUUCAGCCGGAACAAACCUUUUUAUCCAUUUGUAGUAUAACUAGAUGCACAAACAAAUUUUAUAUAUUUUUAAAUAAUUGCCUGAAAAUGUAGUAAUUUGACUUGUAAAUAUAUUUUUAAAUCCAGUUUUUAAUAAAUUAUGUAUAUUUCUUAUAGCCUCAUCCCACCACUAUAAUACUAGUAAAAUAUAUAUAUAUAUAAAUAAAUGAAUUAUUAUUAAUAGUUAAUUUUAUAUUCCUUUGAUUAUUUCUGACAAUUUAUCAAAAAUUAUGAAAUUCUAAG